AUGGAAAGCGAGGAAAGCAAAAGAUGGGCCAGGCUGCUUGGUUUCCUUGGAUACCGAGGACGCGACUUCUCCGAAGAGGGAGACCUGCACAUCCCACAUCGGUGCAACAGUUUGCCAGCUAAGUUCAAAAAACUGCUGGUGCCAGGGAAGAUUCAGCACAUUCUCUGCACUGGAAACCUUUGCACCAAAGAGAGUUAUGACUAUCUCAAGACUCUGGCUGGCGAUGUCCAUAUUGUGAGAGGAGACUUCGAUGAGAAUCUGAAUUAUCCAGAGCAGAAAGUUGUGACUGUUGGGCAGUUCAAAAUUGGUCUGAUCCAUGGACAUCAAGUUAUCCCAUGGGGAGAUAUGGCCAGCCUAGCCCUAUUGCAAAGGCAGUUUGAUGUGGACAUUCUUAUUUCAGGACAUACACAUAAAUUUGAAGCAUUUGAGCAUGAGAAUAAAUUCUACAUUAAUCCAGGUUCUGCCACUGGAGCAUAUAAUGCCUUGGAAACAAACAUUAUUCCUUCAUUUGUGUUGAUGGAUAUCCAGGCUUCUACAGUUGUCACUUACGUGUAUCAGCUAAUUGGAGAUGAUGUGAAAGUAGAACGAAUCGAAUACAAAAAAUCUUAA